ACACACACAGAGGGAGAGAGAGACACACAGAGAAACACAGAGAAAAGAAGAGGAAAACUCAGAUCAGGGACUGGAGCUCAAGUUGCGUCCAUCAGCUUCACGUCCAUUCGCCACAAUGCUCGGAUCCAGAGCGACAUUCGACACCAAGAGUGAUGAGGUGAAUGGCCUGGCCGAACAAGUGGAGUUCCUGCCAGCGAGUAACCAAAAGAAGCUGGAGAAGGAUGGACCCAAGAGGAUGUUGUUGAUUGUGGGAGCCGUGAUUACUGUGAUUCUGUUGGUCGUGCUCAUCCCGGUACUUGUUUGGCAUUUCCAUUUUCGACCAGAUACGCGAAUCCAGAUGCUGUAUUCCGGGUCCAUCAACAUUACCAACAGGUCCUUCGCUGAAGACUUGGAAAACCCGGAUUCGGAAGAGUUCAUUGCUCUCGAGCACAUCGUUCAGAAGAUGCUUCAAGACAUCUUCCUGAAUAUGCCUAACGUGGGUCAGUUCUAUGUGAAUUGCACAGUCACUGCCUUCAGUGAGGGCACCCCUCUCUAUGCCUAUUACUGGGCAGAGUUUAAGGUGCCCCCUGAGCACCGUGACGCCCUGGACAUCGCUCUGUCCCACAAAGCGUCGCUGGCGAGAAGAUGGAAGCACCUGCAAAAGGAAAACGUGCCUCAAAUCGUUGAAUUCACGGCUGCCACUGCGGACCGUCGACUGGUGAAACCUCCUCGAGAUCAUCACUGCUCGUUCUCGCUGCAUGCAGCCCCCGGGAAGAACGGCACCUUCACAUCGCCCGGGUUCCCCAACAGCCCGUACCCCCCCAACUCCCGCUGCCAGUGGGCCAUCCGAGCCGACCCCGACUACAUCCUGGAACUCACCUUCAUCACCUUCAACUUGGAGAACGAGUGCAGCAACGACUUUGUGUCUGUGUACGAUUCCCUCAGUCCCAUCAAAAACCGGGAGAUCACAGAGCUGUGUGGGACCUACUCACCCACCACUGAGCGGAGGCUGAUCUCCUCCCGGAACGUGCUGCUGGUUAUCCUGAUCACUGACGACGAGGCCAAUUUCCCGGGAUUUAAAGCCGAGUUCAGACAGAUUCGACCCAAAAAGUGCGGAGGGGUUCUGGAGGAAUCUGGCAAAUUUUUCUCCCCCUAUUACCCGGCGUUGUACCCAGCUCGGAGCGACUGCACCUGGACCCUCAAGGUACCCACCUCCAUGCGGGUGAAGUUGGAAUUCAAGGCGUUCCUCCUACAGGAUGCAACUAAGGAAGGCAUGUGUCUGGACUAUGUGGAGGUGAACGGACGGAGGAAGUGUGGUGAGAAGAGAACUUUUGUGGAACUCAGUAACAGUAAAGAAAUGACUGUCAGGUUCCAUUCAGACGAUUCAGACACAGACAGUGGGUUUGAGGCUGAGUUCACACCAUACGAUGCUGGGAAUCCCUGUCCUGACCAAUUUGCCUGCACCAGCGGCCGGUGUAUUGACGAGACUCUCCGGUGUGAUGGCUGGAACGACUGUGGAGACAACUUCGAUGAAAUGCACUGCAAGUGUAAGGAAGACCAGUUCAAGUGUGCCAACGGGCUGUGUAAAUCCAUCUUCUGGCAGUGCGAUGGGAUGAAUGACUGUGAAGACAACAGCGAUGAGAAGAUGUGCGACUGUGACGCCGAUGAAAUGAAAUGUAACAAUGGCCGAUGUUACUCGAAGGCCAUGAAAUGUGACGGCAACGAUGACUGUGAGGACGGCACGGAUGAAGCUGAGUGCGAUGAAGUACUCAAGGUGAUCUGCACCGAUUACACCUACAAGUGUAAGAAUGGCAAGUGCAUCUCGAAGAAGAAUCCAGAAUGUGACGGAGAGAAGGAUUGUGCAGACGGAUCUGAUGAGGUGAACUGCGACUGCGGGAUCCGCCCCUUCAAGCACUCGCGGAUUGUGGGUGGUGUGGAUGCUCAGGUGGGUGAGUGGCCCUGGCAGGUCAGCCUACACAUCAAGCAGUUUGGGCACGUGUGCGGAGCCUCUGUCAUCUCCAACAAUUGGUUGGUCUCAGCCGCUCAUUGCUUCCAAGAUGAAUCGAAAAUAAAGUAUUCGAACCCUGGUAUCUGGAAAGUGUUUCUCGGGCUACACACUCAGUUUAAGGUGGGCACCAUGGUCAAGGAGAGAAAGGUCAAGCGGAUAAUCACUCAUGAAUCCUACAACCAGUACACAUUCAACAACGACAUUGCUCUGUUGGAGCUGGACAGCUCGGUUCCCUUCUCCAGUGUCAUUCGGCCCAUCUGCCUCCCCGACCAAACUCACCGCUUCCCUGUGGGGAAAGCUACCUGGGUGUCAGGCUGGGGAGCUAGGGCGGAAAAUGAUGUAGCGUCGUCAGUUUUACAGAAAGCCGAGCUGAGAAUACUCAACAGCACCACUUGCAAUCGCCUGCUGAGCAGUACAGUGACGUCAAAAAUGAUAUGUGCCGGUUACCUGAGUGGAGGCAUCGAUGCCUGUCAGGGAGACUCUGGAGGGCCCAUGUCCUUUGUGGGGAGCAAGGGGAAGGUUUUCCUGGCUGGAAUCGUCAGCUGGGGAGAUGGAUGUGCAAGGAGAAACAAGCCCGGAGUCUAUACACGCACGACAAAAUUCCGGAAGUGGAUCAAAGACAAAUCUAGCGUUUAACUCCCAGUGUGUGCCAAGCCACCUACAAGAAACAUUGGUCUGACCUUGUGAUGUCAGGAAUUCUCACCUACCCUAAAAACAGACUGAAACAACUGAACUCUGGGAUUAGUUUUAUUGCAUAUCGUCAACCACGUGUUCCAGUUUCUGGACCUGAGAUAUGUUUUCUCACCUUGUAGAUAAUGUUAGUGGCGCCCGCCACACUUUUUACCCCCACCACACCACUCCUCGCGCCCCACCCCCACACACACACAAACACAACACACUCCCAUUGAGUCAAAUCAUCAAAGAGCUCUCAUCUGUGGGACACUUGAUGAGCAGAUGAAUCGUUCGUUCCCACAAGGAUCCUCCGAGCGUUUGCGAGCGAGCGCAGACUGUUGGGAAUAAUCGAUGGAGCGAGUCAGGAUUCCACACCUCCCAGGAAACCGUGCCGUACAUACAAGGAGACCCUGUGUCCUCUGUAGGGAUUGGAGCGACGCUGAGCUGAGGGGAGAAACGUGUCCACAGAUUGGUGACGUGAGGCUGCUUGUUGGUUUGGAUCCGGGUUAGCAUCUCAGCAGUAAUAUCUCUAUUCAAGUCCGUUCCUGCUUCCGUCCGACUCGGAAAGCUUCCCAAAGCUGAACUCACUUCCACUUGAAGCACUUUGAGACGUCUCAACGAUGUGAUAAGUCGCUGAAUCAAAUGCAAGGAGAUCAAUUGGAGCCGGAGACCUGGAGGCUUGGAAUCUUCAGCUUACCUCUCUUCCUUUUUCUGGCUGGUACGGCCUGCGGCCAUCGUCUCCCCCGAUCACCGUGGAAACAGGGAUAUUUGGGGAAGUCGGGAAUGACGGUCACCCGGGACUGGCUUUCCCGUACUUUGGUGAAACGCUCUGGUUCUUGCUCAUGUCCCUGAUUGACUGGCACAGUCGCACCUCAUGUGGAAUCCAACUAUGACUGAAUUCCGACCAGGAACAAUGAGGUCAGGCGGGCAGGAACGUACCAGGGAACAAGGUUGGGAAGAAGGUUGGCAGCCGAUCACGUGGGCGGGAGAGGGACCUGGCUGACUGGUUUGGGGAGUUCCUGGGCAAAAUAAUUAAAACAGGGCGAAGUUCUUGAAAUAGGUAAUUAAGUCCCAAACCUUCAGCUCUGAACAGUGUCCGGGUCAGCUCACUCCCGGAGUGUUUUAGAUUGUUUUUAAAAAGAUGUCUGUGAUCAUCAUACAAGGUUUUGUGGUUAGUGCGUGUGUGUGUGGAUGUGUGUGUGUGAUAGAGGGUGAGUGUGCAACCAAGUGUAUGUAUGAGUAAGUGUAAGUGUGUAAGCGCUCUGGGACGCUACCCUGCGUGAGUGGUGCUAUAUAAAUGCAAGUUGUGGUUAUAAGAUAGGAUAUGAGAGAGAGAGAGAGAAAGUGUGAGUGUGCGAACACACAAGGACACCCGUAGAUGUGAUCAGUGAGUGACGCAGAUCCAUUGAUGUUGCAACUUCUUAAAUAUCCCACGACAAGCGUUCUGCGACCUCCUGCCAAGGUUCACAAACUAAAAAAAAGUUGUCUUAUCUUUCCCCUUUUUUGGGCUGCAAUGAAUUUGAGCUUCAUGUGAAACCAAUCAACCACGAUUCCUCUCGUUAUCCCAAAUGCCCUUCGUCACACGUGUCCAUCACAUGGUUUUAAUGGCUUAUUGAUCGCGGUUAUAUACUUGGGGUUUAUUUCUUUAUUCAGAAGUGUGUGCUUGUGUUUUUUAAGUACAAAUAAAUGUUCUUGAAUUGUCUUAA